UAUUUCUGUUAUUUCUAACCUAAUGACGAGACUGUAAAAAACAAAAUGAAUAAGUUAACAACGUACACUAUAAAAGAAAUACAUAAAGCUUACCGCGAUAAACUACUGACACCGACAAGUUUCGUAGAUUUGUGUUUACAAAAUGCAAAGCAAAACCGCGACUUAAAUGCAUUUGUGACUUUAACUGAAGAUGUAGCUGAAAACCAUGGGAUUGAGAGUGAAAAACGCUUCUAUAUAGACAAGAAAACCAAACCUCUAGACGGUAUUACCGUUGGUAUGAAAGACAACUUCUGCACCAAAAACAUACGUACCACUUGCGCAUCGAACAUGCUUUUGAACUUCGUACCAAUGUAUGAUGCUACUGUAUAUUCAAGAUUACGUGAUGCAGGCGCUUGUUUAAUAGGAAAAUGUAAUCUAGAUGAGUUUGCCAUGGGUGCAGGCACUGUCGACUCUAUAUUUGGGCCAACUCGGAACCCUUGGGGGUAUAAAGCCUGCUGGAGGAUCGCUGGAGGCAGCUCCGGUGGUAGCGCUGUAGCAGUCAGCUCUGGAGCAUGUGUGGCUGCCAUCGGAUCAGACACAGGAGGUUCUACCCGAAACCCUGCAGCACUAUGCGGUGUUGUUGGUUUAAAACCUACAUACGGUUUAGUUUCAAGAUACGGAUUAAUACCUCUAGUAAACUCGAUGGAUGUACCAGGCAUUAUGACUAGGAAAGUAGAUGAUGCUGUCAAUAUCUUAAACUGCGUAGCUGGGCCGGAUGAAUUAGAUUCAACCACAAUUAAAAGAAAAUUCAAUCCUGUAUUUUUGGAUAACAAUUUUGACAUGUCAAAAAUUAAGAUAGGGAUUCCUAAAGAGUACCACUGUCCAGGAAUGUCAGAAGAUAUAGUAGAUACUUGGAGAUUAGUCACAAACGUGUUGGAGAAUGAACAAGCAAUGGUUCAAACUGUUUCCAUGCCAAAUACAUCAGUAUCAAUAGCAGUAUACUCAAUUUUAAACCAAUGUGAAGUGGCCAGCAACAUGGCAAGGUAUGAUGGAAUAGAAUAUGGACUUAGAACUAAAGAAGACUACUCAACUGAAGAGCUUUAUGCUUCAUCUCGUUCCGAAGGCUUCAACCAAGUUGUCCGAUCUAGAAUUUUCGCCGGCAACUACUUUUUACUAACAAGAAAUUACGAAAAGUAUUUUAUAAAAGCUCUAAAGCUACGCAGGAUGAUUGCAGAUGAUUUUGAGAAAGUUUUCAAAGAAGUUGACUUGCUUUUGACUCCGACCACAUUGUCAGAUGCACCAUUAUUGGAUGAAUUUGUGUCGAAGCAUAAUCGGGACCAGUGUGCGUUCCAAGACUAUUGCACGCAGCCUGCAAACAUGGCUGGAGUGCCAGCAGUUUCAAUACCGAUCCGCCUGUCAAAGAACAAGAUGCCAUUGUCCAUUCAGUUGAUGGGACCGAAAUUGUCAGAAGAAUUGCUUCUGAAUGUUGCUAAGAGGAUAGAAACGCUUGUUGAUUUUCCUAGUUUAGAAGUUGUUUAAUUUAGUAAAUAAAUUUAUGUUUAGAUGU